GUGUGUACAGAGUCUUAUGCUUUUCUUUAUUACAAAGAAAGAUAAAGCCAAAGAAUCCUUAUUUAUAAACAAGAGAAAACGAAAGAGGAAAAAAAGAGAAGAAAGCUAGAAGAGUAAUUAUGUUGAGAUCUUCUUCAUAUUGUGGUGCUAUACUCAUCACGUGCCUUAUGGUUCUGAGUUUGUCAGCUGAUGCGUACAAGAACUACACUGUGGGAGAGUCCACGGGAUGGUUCGAUAUUCAGGAGAAACCUUCUGCUAAUUAUCAGAAAUGGGCUGAUUCCAAAUCUUUCUCUUUGGGUGAUUUCCUCAUUUUCAACACGGACAGCAACCAUUCGGUGGUACAGACAUAUGAUUUCAAAACAUACAAAGAAUGUGAUUACGACAACAAUGAAGACAAUAGUACAACAGAGUGGUCAGCUGCAAAUCCUUCAUCAACAUCUCCCGUUCCCGUCUCAAUAAGUGUUCCUCUUGUUAAAGAAGGUUCCAACUAUUUCUUCUCAGGAGCUUAUGAUGGCGAUCAAUGUAAAUUCGGGCAGCAUUUUAUGAUCAAUGUAACACAUGGUCAGGGCUUACCUGGUUUAUUAUCACCAGAUGAAGAUGCUUCUGCGCCUGGACCAGGAGAAUCCUCUCAGUCCGGUGAUGACGAAGUUGCUCCUGACACCAUUGUCCCGGCCAAUUUCGACCAUCCUAAAGACAUUGAGAGUGACGAUGAUGAUAAAGUGGUUCAUAGUAAAAAGAGUUCUUCUUCCGUGACAAAGUCUAAUCUGUUUAGUUUAGUUUUUAUGGGAAUCUUUGCAUCAUUUUAAUUAAAAAUCUUCUUCUUCAUUACUAGAAAUAUUUGUAUGUAUGAGACCUUCUGAUUUCUAAACAUAACCUGGCCUGAUAACAAAAACAAUGAUAAAAGAAACCAAAGAGUAUAAGAAAUGAAGAAAAAAAACAGAGUAGAGAAA